AUGUCAGAGUUGGCAUACCAAAUACUCCCGGCCGUUAGCCAGAUUGACGUCGGCAAUUAUUCCGUCUUUUAUCGUGAAGCUGGGCCUCCUAAUGCUCCGACUCUGCUAUUGCUUCAUGGCUUCCCAUCAUCUUCAUUCCUCUUUCGACACAUGAUCCCAAUUCUAGCAUUGACCUACCAUGUCAUUGCUCCCGACUUCCCCGGAUUUGGGUUCACAAAGAGUCCUGCGAAGUUCCCUCACACUUUUGACAACAUUGCCGAUGUUAUGGAAGGGUUUCUAGAUGCGCUCAAGAUCCAAGAGUUUUCCGAAUACAUCAUUGACUACGGUGCUCCUGUUGGGCUGCAACUUGCCGUGCGACGCCCACACGCUGUCAAGGCCAUUGUAUCUCAAAACGGGAACGCUUAUGUGGAAGGCCUUGGGCCAGGGUUCGACGCAAUAAGAACAUAUUGGGCGUCUGGAAGCCAAUCUGACCGGGAUGCUCUAAAACCAUUCUUCACCCUUAACGUAACAGAGUCGCAGUAUACCACCGGCACAAAGAACCCGGCAUCUCUCGAGCCGGAAUCGUGGUGGCUUGAUUAUGCACUCAUGAACGACCAAGCGGGAAAUAUCGACAUCCAGCUAGAUUAUCUCUAUGACUACCGGACAAACGUUGCACAGUACCCACAGUGGCAGCAAUACUUGCGCCAGUCUCAAGUACCCCUGCUUGCUGUAUGGGGAGAAAAUGACCAGUUCUUCAUCCCGGCUGGUGCGCAAGCUUUCAAGCGAGACUUGCCGCAUGCUGAGAUUCAUCUCAUCGACGCUGGCCAUUUUGCUCUGAUUAGCAACCUAAAGGAUAUUGUGCAUUACAUGCUGCCAUUUUUAUACAAAAAUUUGAAGCAUCAUUAA